AUGGGGCUGGGCGGGGACCCAGAACCCAGGGCGGGUCCCAGAACUUCGAGGGUUGAGCACUGGCUGCUGCUUUGGGUGCUUCAGCCCUGGUGGUGGCACAGAGCCCGGAGGCACAGGCGCUGCGGGCCUGCAUGGAAAGCGGUGGCCUUGGGCCUGGUAAAACCAGUAAUCCACAGCAGGAUCAAUGUGUCAGCUCGCUUUAGAAAACCACUUGAGGAACCUUGCACUAUCUUCUUGAUUGCAAAUGGAGACCUCAUAAACCCAGCUUCUCGUCUCCUCAUCCCCAGAAAAGCCUUGAAUCAGUGGGAUCAUAUACUACAAAUGGUCACGGAAAAAGUAACUCUGAGGAGCGGGGCUGUCCACAGACUUUAUACUUUAGGAGGAAAACUUGUUGAGAGUGGGGCAGAGCUGGAGAAUGGGCAGUUUUAUGUGGCUGUCGGCAGAGAUAAAUUUAAGAAACUGCCUUAUGGUGAAUUACUUUUUGACAAGACAACAAUGAGAAGGCCUUAUGGUCAGAAAGUGUCUUCACUACCUCCUAUUGUAGGAUCCAGAAAGUGUAAAGGGAGUGGAAAUGAUCGCCAAUCAAAGUCGACAGUUGGAUCCAGCGACAACUCAUCUCCUCAGCCCCCGAAGAGGAAAGGGAAAAAAGAUGUGAAUUCAGAAAAACUGGUAAAAGUGAAACAGAAUGUAAAGUUAAAGAAUUCACAACAGACAGUUCCAAACAGUGAGGAAGGCAUUUUCGAAGCUGGAGCAGAGAGGUCUGAAUCACGAGGGGCCGCAGAAGUCCAAGAAGAAGAAGAUACUCAGGUUGAGGUUGCAGUCGAUCAGAGUCCAGCAGAAAUAGUAGAUGAGAAAAAAGAUGGAGAGAAAGCAAACAAGGAUGAAGAACAGAAAGAAGAUUUUUCAGGAAUGAAUGGUGAAGUGGAAGAGAAAGGAGGUGCAGAGGCUACAGAUGCCCCUGAGCAAGUUGAGGAGAUCCCUGGUCACAGUGAGAAACAGGCAGGUCCUGCUCGUGUGAAUGGAGGCACAGAUGAAGAAAAUGGUGAGGAACUGGACCAAAUUAACAGUGAGCUUCAACCAUUAGUGGAUGAGGAAAGAAAGUCUCAAGGAGCUGGCAGUGCAAAAGUUGAGGCUGAUGUAGACUCUCAAAGACCACCAAGGCCAGAAGUAAAAAUCACUAGUCCACAAGAUGAAAACAACGAACAAAACAAAGGCUAUGCUGACGUGGCAUAGAUGCUUUUUAAAAAGAGAAUAUAUGGAUCAUAAGAAAACAUGAAGGGUUAUAACACUUGAAUACUAAACACAUAGCUUUGCAUUGCUAAGCAUAAUGUGAUACUGUGGUUGAAUACUACCUAUUAAAUUUUAACAUUAUUAGCCCAUUGGAAAUACUAGAUAACUUUUAAUAGCUACUAAAGGAGAAUGACUUAUUUUAUGGCAUGUGUUUUUUUAAAAAGUCAUAUAGAAAAAUAAGAGAGACAAAGGAGAAUUUGCACUGGAAGACAAUUGGCCACUUGUCUUUAUAAAGGAUAAAAAAAUAGUAUCACUCAUUGUAUCCUUAUUAUAAAUUUAGAAGUGAGAUUAUUGGGUAGAAGCUUAUUCUAAAGAGUUUAUCUAAGAAGGCUAGAACUUUAAAGUACUGAAAAUAAAAAAGCGUGUACUAUUUUCUUAAAGCAAUAAACUGUUGAAUGAACAAAUUGAAAUUUAUUUUCAGAGAUAAUUCAGAGAUAACAAUAGAUUGAAAUGUUUCCAUGACUUGUUGACAUGCCUUUUUUGUUGUUGUUCUUAGCCAAAAUCCUUGAAUGAACUAAAAAGACAAUGCAAGGUGUUCAUUUUGGUAGAAGAAAGCAUUAGUGACUAGUAUUGUUAUGCCUUUCCCUAAGUGCUUUCCAGUUUUAAUGUUUAUGGCUGCAGUGGUGCAACUCAGGAAGGAACCAUAAAGGAACACCCCAAUAUUACUGAUUCUGGUUGGAUGACUUGCAAAUUCUGGAAAUUCUAUGGAUUUUCACGGAUCUAGUCUACCUUUAUCAAUAAUAUUCUUUCCUUCUUCUUUAUAUUAUUAUGUUAGAAAAUUCAAUAUUGAUUAUUCCGAAGAUUAAAUUCCUCCCAGAUAGAUUUUUUUUUAAACAAAGCAUAAGACAAUUAAUAAGAAGGAAAAAGUAUGAAGAGUUUGUGACUGCUCAAUUUCACUUGCUUUUAGCUUUAUUUCUAUUGGGACUGCCUUGUGAUAUUUUUGCCCCUAAGGAUAUCAACAAAUAUUUAUUUUUCCUAGAUGGAUAUUUAGACUUUCAGCCCGACUCCUUUCUACAUAAUGAUAAGCCAUUUGAUAGAAAUUGUUGAAAAACUUUAGAGAUUGUUAUAAUAAAACCAACUCCUAAUAACCACUUUGUGGACUGAUUACAUUAAUUUGUAAUUGUCUUGUGAGGUAUAUGUGGGGAAAAACUUAGUUACAUUAGCUUUUGAUUUCUUAAGAGAUGAUACUGUGCUUCUUUAAAUAUAAAAAUAAUAUAUUUUCUCAUAUUAAAGAAUAUGUUUGUAAUUGGUAGAAGUUGUAAAAUUGAAAUUUUGACUUCUAGUGCUUUCAUAAUAUUUUUAAAUCAUAAAUUUGAAUGAUUUUUUUUCCUUACCAGUUUCAUAACCAACCAUUUGGAAUCAUAAAGGUUGGAAAUUAUUAUUAUUAUUAUUAUUUGAGUUGGUGUCUCACUCUGUCACC